CCAUCCCGAGAGCCUGUUCUGGGAAAAGCUGCAGGACCGCGCGGCUUCUUUCGCGUUGCUUAAUUUUCUCCACCUUUUAACGUAAAACUUUAAGUUCCUAUUGGUUCCACAUAGAUGCGUGUGUAUGUAAACGUUUCUGAAAAGUUAAGGGUUGCAUUUCACAGACUAGAAAAUUAAAAGUACUUAAUGUAUGCUUGGUCAGUAAUAAAAGUAUAUGCACUGUUGAUGCCUGUUGGAUGGAGGAGUGCUCUGAGAAGAACUGUCUUUGAAUUCUUUCCUCAAGCUCUUGGAAACAAUUAUGUUUGGAAACACUGACUUAAACAGAAUGAACUCCAAGUCUUGAUGUUUAGUCUUCUAAAUAGUCUUCGUAUAUCCCUUACGUACUUUUCUUUAAAAUACAUAAGGCUUAAAAACAAGGACUCAUUUACAACCUGUUAUUAGAAAGCUUAGCUGAAAUCUUUAGUGUACGUAGUCGUACCAGAAGUGGCGUGAUGUUCUCCAAGCAUUGCAAGCGGUACACACUGCUUUGGAUAAAAAAAUAACAGUAUUAUGGCACAAGGCGACUGGAAGACCAAAGGAAGCCCAUCCACGGUUUAGCUGUUACUGGAAGUUAUAUAAUAUACGGUAUUUCAUCAACGGCGUGAGUUAAGUCAGAGUUCGCUUUAAUAGUUCAGACAUUGGCGGGCGAAUGGUGACUGUGUGACGCACUGGAGGAAGAAUUGCCUUGCUCUCCUUUUACAGUGAACCAACAUUUUCCGCUUUCAGCUUGACUGGAAUCCUCUCAACUGAGCAGCUAAUGGCUCCAGUUCCGCUGCUAGCACUCAAAGCUUAGGCCCCGGAGCGGGUUGCCUUACUUUUUUUCUUCUUGGGGUCUUUUUUUAUAGCAUGACAUCAUGGCCCAGAGUUGGCUAGAAUUAAUGGCGGGAAGAUGUGGUGGGCCUGUCUGUUGCGCAUGAGCCAAGCCGAGCUAUUAGUAUAUCUGCAGAGAUGGAGACGGAUCAGGCCCACGCAAGCCGCUCCUGCCUUCCUGGGGAGCGACGGCAGCUCAGGUGAGGUGGAGCCCCCAUGAUGUGACCAUUCCUCGGACUGUUUGAGUCUGGAUGAUGCCCAUUACCCAGGAGAACUCGCUGAGCUACCUGGCCCUGCUGGGGCGCUGGCUGGAGGCUACGGAGAACCACGCGGGACAGGGCGGCACGCAGCCAUGCCAGGCCGCCGUGCGUAAGCUGGUAGAGUACAUACAGCUAAACUUUGUGGAAGGGGACGCGGCCCUGCAGCCGGUGACGCCUCAGGAGGACAUGGACGUGGAGGUACGCGCCAUCUGGCUGCACAAGGCCCGUGGCGAUGGCCACGAGUUCGGCCUCAGCUUUGGGAACAUCCCUAUUUUUGGGGACCCUGAGGGUCGCAAGAAAGGACGGCGGAGGCGGAGGAAGGGCGACAAGGGCCCUGUCCUCGACGUCGGCUGCAUCUGGGUGACGGAGGUGAAGAAGAACAGCCCCGCCGCCCGCUGCGGGGACAUCAAGCUGCGGGACGAGCUCCUGACCAUCAACGGGCAGCUGAUGGUGGGCGUGGAUGUCACCGGGGCCAGUUACCUGGCUGACCAGUGCUGGGAUGGAGGGUGCAUCUAUCUAAUCAUGCUGCGGCGCGUCAAGAGGAAAGCCCCUCCCCAACCAUGCCGAAGCCCUGGCGGUGAAGAUGCAUGCAACGUGGGCGGGAACCGUGGCAGCAUCCCCUCAGAGCCUGGGGGCAGCCCCACACAGGACGGCAAAAGGACACGCAAGUUUGGCGUGAUAUCACGGCCCUCAUUUAACUAUGACGGCAAGGACAGUGCUGACUUUGAGCGGGAGGGCGGAUGCUGCUCCUCAUUGGACAAAGAGACUGUCUCCCAGGGCAACACACCCACAGGGGUAGGGUUAGCGUCCAUCGCCCCCAAACCAAUGCAGACCCAUAAACCCUACAAUGGGUCAUCUGCAACCUUACCUGCCCACUCCUGUAUGCGCCUCUCUGCUAGCUGCAAGACUGAGUCUUUGGACUGUGACAUUUCUAGUCAGUCAAGGGACGGCAGCCGGAUAUGGAAGAUGCACAUGGUGAAAGGGAAGGACGGCCUGGGAGUUCAGAUCACGGGCGGCCGGGGCUCCAAGCGAUCCCCCCACGGCAUUGUUGUGGCACACGUCGAAAUGGGGGGUUCUGCUCAAAGGGACGGCAGGCUGAAGGCGGGGGACGAGCUGCUGAUGAUCAACGGGCAGUCGCUGGUGGGCCUGGCGCACCACGAAGCCGCAGCCGUCCUGCGCUCGGCUGCGGGGGUGAUCCAGCUCGUGGUCACCAGCAGGGAGGAGUCUGCUGUUGAUUUCCAGAAGUACCCCUCCACCAGUUUGCCGGAUCUAGUAAGCACAUGUUCAUCGAAUGACCCCCACUUACCCCCAUUCACCAACAAGGAGAAUGUGGAGCUGGGGGCGGAGGAGGUCUCAGCCAGCAGCCUCUCCUUGCCGACACAUGACUCGUUCCCAGAAAUGGAUAAAUUGGAGGAGCGAGGGAGGAUGGAAGGGCCGAAAGGAUUCUGUCGCAGUCCCACCUCCCUGAAGUUCAGAAGUCGAUCGCAAGGUGGAGGCAGCCGUUUGGAGUCAGUCGGGGAGGAUGAUGAGUUAAUCGUGGAGAACGGGGAUGCUGGCAGCAACAAGAUGGAGAAGCCGACUCGAGGGGGGCGCAAGCACUCGCUGCCCCACCAGCUGGACACCACAGGCGUCCGACAGUUUGUUGGAUGCUCUCAGGAAUAUCAAAUUGUGAAGAAAUCAGCACGCUCCUUAAGCACCGUUCAAGUGGAGUCUCCAUGGAGACUGGUCCAGCCAUCCGUUAUCUCAAAUAUUGUCCUGAUGAAAGGACAGGGGAAGGGGCUCGGCUUUAGCAUCGUAGGUGGACAGGACUCUGCCCGCGGGAGGAUGGGCAUUUUUGUGAAGACCAUCUUCUCGAAUGGUGCCGCCGCUGCAGACGGACGACUGAAAGAGGGGGAUGAAAUCCUGGAGGUGAAUGGGGAAUCUCUGCAGGGCCUCACCCACCAGCAGGCCAUCAACACCUUCAAGCAGCUGAAGAAAGGUGUGGUCACCCUGACAGUGCGCACACGCCUGCGCAGCCCCAGCCUCACUCCCUGCCCCACACCGACGCCGCUGAGCCGCUCCAGCUCCCCCAGCUCCAACGCCAGUGGGGGGGCAUCCAUGCCCACGGGGGCCGAGGAUGGUGACGCAGUCUGCCGCAAGGGACCCGGGCCCAAGGAUCGGAUCGUAAUGGAAGUCACUCUCAGCAAAGAGCCAGGCGUGGGCCUGGGAAUAGGGGCCUGCUGCCUCACUCUGGAAAACAGCACCCCAGGGAUCUACAUCCACAGCCUAGCCCCCGGAUCUGCGGCAAAGAUGGAUGGGCGGCUGAGCCGUGGCGACCAGGUCCUGGAGGUUGACUCUGUCAGCCUCCGCCAUGCUGCCUUGAGUGAAGCCUACGCCGUCCUUAGCGAGUGUGGACCGGGCCCCGUCAGCCUCAUCGUCAGCCGCCACCCCAACCCCAAAGUCUCAGAACAGGAAAUGGAUGAAGUCAUCGCUCGCAGCACCCAGAGAGAGAGCCUGAGCAAGGAUCACCACUCCUCCCAUCCUCUAGGCAUCCCCUCCAAAAGCCCCUCACCCUCUGUGAGAGCCAGGCAGGGUGAGGCCUCUGCACCUCUAAGCUGGACUAUGAAGAGAUUCCUUGAGCCAGCCAGCAGGCAAGGGUCCUUGAGCUCCGAGGCCGAGCUCUCUCAGUACUUCUCACACAGCGUCCCCAGUCAGUCCUCACUGUCGGAGAGCGCAGUGACAGGCUCCAGUGAUGACAACCCACUGCCCCAUAGGAGCUGCAGCACUUCAUUAGACGAGGCUGGCUCUCCGGCUCGUGCUGCAGCCUCCAAUGGUGUGAGCAUGGACAGUGAGGCCGUGUGUCCAGAUGAAGCCGUAAGAACCCCUGAGCCCACGGACCUGCACGCGGAUGCAGCCCAUCAAGCCAGACUCUGCAGCAGCCCCAGCUCAGUCCGCAGCCCUCUGCUCCGGCAGCGCCGUGUCAUAUGCUACGAUGACGAGGCCAGCGACGAGGACGAGGACCCCCCAUGCGUCUCGGACAAAAAGAGGCUUUUUAGGAUGCAGCCAAAAGCUGGAGCAGAGUGCCGGAAGCUUCCAGGGCAUGGCCCAGCUAUCAGCGUGUCUUCACUGGAGGCAGACGAGGGCAGCAGCAAAGGGCCCUCCAAGGACCGUGUGGAUGGCCGUGAUGUCAAACCACUCCCCCCAGGGGUGGAGUCACCCUUCAUGCCCAUUCGCUGCUUAGAGUAUGAGGGUGGUGGGGGAGGGACAAACCUUGGGGUACAGGAACCCCUCUGCGAAGUCCUGCUGGAGUCAAAGCGCUCCCCCAAGCUUGAGCACAAGGCUGUGACACGGGUGAAGAGCAUGAUGAGCACAGAGAGCCAUAACCUACUGAACCAGCGCAAGGGGGAGGAGCUUCACCCAUCCAAUGUCCAGACUGCAUCCCGCCCGCUGAUCUGCCCACUGCCCCUCUGCAAAAAGGCCGAGCUCGGUGAAAUGGGGGGUGCGUGCACUACAGAGACAGUGCUACUGCAGAGGAGUGAAGAGGAGUCCUUUGGUCUUGAUCUGGAGAUAAAGUCCUCCCCCCUCAAGGUCCUGAUUACAGGGCUACAGCCAGGCGGGCCUGCAGAAAGAGAAUCCAUGGGCAAGCUAUGUGUUGGAGAUGAGAUACUGGGGAUAGGAGACAAAUUGUUGUGCACCUCCACUUAUCAAGAAAUCUGCGAUGUCUUGCACACCCUCCCAGUAUCUCUCACUUUACAAGUUAAGAAGCCAGUUUCAGCUGUCGACCGACUUUCCAGCCUCAUGAUGUCAGUGAGUAGUGAUGGAAUGUCCUGCAAAAACCUUUUGGAGGAAAAUCCAGAAGAACUGGAGAAGGACUGUAAAAAUCUGGAAGGUGCUGCUCUGCAACCAGAGUUACAAGAGACCAUCUCAGAACAUUCUAAUUUAAAAGAUUUGCUCAAUGAGAUACCUGUGACCGACAUUGACGAUUUUAUCUGUGAGUUAAGCUCAGCAGGAAAUACUGAUGAUAUCAACACCAAUGCCAGUAUGGAAGUACAAAAUAAGAAAUCUCCUCCAAGCAAAACAGAGGGCAGUAACCUGAACAGUAUUAAAAAUACUCGUAUUCCGACUUCAGAAUCAAAUGAUUUGGAUAGCAGGCCUCUAGCUGUCAGUAAAAAGUUUCUAAGCAAUUACUCCAGAAAUUUCAAGGAUUCCUGCAGUGAGGACCAAUUUCAUACAAGUGAAGAAAGUAGAGCAAACGAUAGUAGCUCUUGCAAGUGCAUGUAUGGCAUAGUGGAUGACUCUGACUCAGAAAGUAAUUCUGGUAAUGAGGGUGUUCACCAGAUAAAACACACCCAAUGUGCCGAUCCUUUCCAGAGUGGCGAUCAGCAGGUUUUAGUCUCUGAUGAAGAGCAAGUUGAGAUUUGUUUCAAGGAGGUAUAUCACUCCAGCACAGAAAGUCAAGCAAAGAUGAGCAAGAUCCAAGAAAAAUCUGUCUUAUUUCAAAACGAAGGCUCAGAUGGUAUGUGUAUGAAAAAAACACAUUCCUUCGAUUUGCGACAAGGAGAAUUGCCCUUGCCCUCGCAAAGACUGACUUGCUCAGGUCUUCAAACCCAAGCAAAUGAAGAGAUGAAUUCAUCUGAAUAUACACAGCGUCAAAGCACGUCCAUCAGAGGUGCCACUGCGAAGCACCAAUCCGUUGUUGAAAACCUUCCUUGUUUCAUAAAACAGCCAGCAGUGUCAUCACUGGUGGUCCAGUCUGGCAAAACACACAAAGCCGUUUCAAGGCUAAAUAACUGCUCUCUUGUGUCAGCCAGUGGUCAUGUUGUCUCAACGACUAAAGCUGCCACAUUGCCUCAAACAAAUGUAGUGUUUACUUCAGACAAGCAUCGUAAUCUACAGCCGUCAUCCCAACUGGGUUCAGCAAAGUUAAAGGGGGUUCUUUACAGCCAGUGCAAAACACGAGGGAGAGUCCAGUCAAUCGCAGUGUCAAAAGAUAAGGAACGAAAGAAAGUGCAGACUUUGUCAGAACCACAACAUAAUGUUAGUAAUCACAUUGCCAGGAGCCCUGGGAUGAAAGCUCAGAGUGAUACUUCAGGCCUAAACCCAUUAAAUAGCAGAACCAGACUUCAUGAUAAAGCAUAUAGACCAAGUAAAAGUAAGAGCACAAGUAAGGUGCAGGAUCAGUCUGUCACCAGACUAGCAGGGGUUGAAAGUCCAUUUCAGAAGCAGCCCCUGGCUUCCCCUUGUCAGUCUCCCAAACAGCUGAGCAAAAUGUCUUGCAACUUAAAAGCAAGCAAAAAGUUGGAGAAAAGUCCCACAUUGCCAAAAAUGUGUGGGUAUGGCCAAGAUGAGGAUGUGCUCAAUUGUAAAAAUCCCAUUAUGGACUUAAAACUUUCAGAAAAAAGCCAUUUACGUUCUGAGCAACUUGCAAAGAACAACAAUGAAUCCUCACUCUUAAGAGAGGAAGAAUCAGCUCAACGUACUGAAACAGUUUCACCAGAAGCUGAGUCAGAAACAAUACCUUUCCAGAGCACUUUUACUGAGGUCAGACUCUCCCCCCCAUCUUCUUUGCCAUCAUCAUCAGUAGCUGCAUCCAUUCUGGGAAGGAAGGUUAUUCCAGAGAACAAAGUAGCUUCAGGCCAGACUCUCUUAAUGACGGAAUCAUUAGUUCACAAACAUUUUAAUGGAAUUUCAGCAUCAUCUGGACCACCUUCUGUGUUUAAACAGGAAAAUCCUGUAAGCCCUCCAUGUAACAGGGAACAUUUCAGCAUUGUUUCAUAUGAAGGAACAAUUGCUAGAGGAAAACUCUGUCCCCAGGUAAAUAACAGUCAAGCUGAUAGUGCUUUCAACAGCAUCACAAUUAGGGUUGAUGGGAAGGCGGAUAGGUCUAAAUUAAGACUUUCAAGACUGGAACAACGAAGUCGCUUGAUAGACACGGUUUCAGCAUGGUCCAGUCCCUUUUCUGUCCAGCAGAAAAUCAAAUCCUUUGAAAACAUAUCUUGCUAUGACAGGACAGUUACAAAGUGUGUCAGUGUUCAUCCCUAUACGCUUUCCUGCAAACUGUGCAGGAGGUCAUCUGGUCACGUAAGACCAGUAAGUUCCCAUGCUUCUGAGCCUCAUUCCUUGAGGAGAAGCUUGAGUUCGGUCAUUGAAAAUUUCAGUGAAGUUCCAGCGAGGUCCAUCCAACUAAGGACAUCUGCGUGCAGGACAAAUUUGGUCGAUUUUAAUUUGUUCCACUUGCAUCGCAAGAAGGAGUCCCACAAAGAAGAAAAAUCUGUCAGUCUUUCGUGUGCUCUGGAGCAGGACAAGACCAAGCAGACUUCAUCUGUAAUGCAAAGCAUAAAUGCCCAGAAAAUUUCUGGCUUGUCUAACUGGAGACUGAGGGAGCUGAGGACUUUGAGUAUGCCAAACCUCGAUAUAUUUUGCAGUGGCAGCCAUGCAGUGGACAAAAACAGCAUCAGUCCUGAAAACAAGCUUGAGGUCUAUAGCCAGGCAAGGUUGGGGACAAUGCCUGAAGAUAUUGAAGGUCUGAUUUCACUCUCCAGUGAAGUAGAUUCUUCAGGUUUGAACAGGAGUACAUCAGGCAGUAGAAACAUGAUCAAUGGGAAGCAAAAUCUACACUGCAGCUGGUCAAUCAGCAUGAAGCAUCUGUCUAAUUCCUCCCUGGAUCAGAAAAAACUGCAAACAGUUCUGAACUCUCUGACCAACCAAUGGAAUGUGUUGAGCUUCAUUCAGGAAAUCAAGGCUCUGUCUGAGAACAGAGAAGACAUUUACUUUGUGGUUUUAACUAAAGAAGAAGGCUCUGGUCUGGGCUUUAGUAUUGCUGGGGGGAUUGACCUGGAGCAAAAAUCAAUAACCGUUCACAGGGUUUUUUCCAGAGGGCCUGCUAGAGUGGAGGGAACCAUUCAGCGGGGGGACAGCAUCAUCUCCAUUAAUGGAACUGCCGUCAUGGGGAGCACACAUGGUGAAGCCCUGGACUACCUCCACAAAGCUCGGCUCCAAAGACAAGCAUUGGUGAUCAUAAGAUCCAGGAAGGACAGUGAACCCACGCAGGCUUCGACCACUGAUAAAGCAAGACAGACUGAGUAUCUACAAGACAUCUCUAUAGAAACCGGAUCAGCUGUGAAAGAUGAUACUGACGGUGCCCUUAAUGUGGAGCUCCAGAAGACAUCUGCAGGCCUGGGCUUCAGCUUGGAUGGAGGCAAGGCCUCUGCUCAAGGAGACAGACCUCUCAACAUUAAACGCAUUUUCAAAGGUGGCGCUGCGGAGCUUUCCAAAGCCAUUGACGUUGGAGAUGAGGUCCUGGCCAUUAACGGGAUAUCUCUUCAGGGACUUAUGCACUAUGAUGCCUGGAAUAUUAUCAAAGCAGUCUCACUGGGUCCUGUGCAGCUGGUAAUAAGAAAGCCUAGAAGCAGUAUAUGAUAGCAGACCCUUACUUUGUAUAUUAAUUCCAUUAGAAAUGAAAUCACAUCUGACUUGCACCAAAAGAUGUAAACAAACUAUUACUUCUAUUUCUAUGAAAUUUUAUCUUUGUUAAUGUGUAACACUUUGUUUCUCUGUAUCAAACAACCUUUUGAAUGGACAUUUAAUGUUAUUGAUGAUGACUUAAGUGUACAGUGAUACCAUGAGUCUGUGCUGAAAAAAAUAAAAUUUUAAAUAACG